AUCUGAACCGGUCAGUGGCGAAAAAAAGCACUUUUAAUGCACAAACUUAUACGGGACGCAUUUGCCCCCGUUACCGUUUUAGCUUGUUUCGCAGCUGCAUCCGCCUCCCUCAAUACUGAACCAAUUUUAGAACGAGUUGUACCUAUGAAUCAUACGCACACAUACACAUGGGGAAAUAGGGCCCAGGUUGAAAAAUACCGAAGUUAUCCUUUAAUGCAUGAACGGAAUGACAGCUUUUUAGAUCGGGAGCUUUUUGUUUUUAUUAUAUUUAGAUCCGGGACCAUUAAAACAUUUGAGGCUGAAGCCUUGGAUGCCCAGGCCUAACAACGCCACUGCUCAAUCCCAUUGCAAACAAGUGUAAACCUCUUUCAGGAAAAUCAGUGAGGCACUCAAGGGAGUCAACAUAAAUGCAAACUGAUCAUUUCUCACUGAGCACACAUCUCAAGGAAACAAGUGUACAGCUUACAAUUAAACCAACCCAAGGUGCUCAUAUCAGGCUAAGUUUCCAACAUGAGCUUAAUAUGAAAGAAACAACACAAGGUAUGCUCUCUGUUUCCUUACAUGCAGCCGUCAAGUGGAUUUAGUUUAUUUGAUUUGAUUUAUAAAAGGACAGUGUGCUGUGACAUUAAUCAUUUACAAGAAAUGAAAACAUGGUAGCACCAGAGUUAUUCAUUCAUUCAUUCAUUUUCUGUAACCGCCGUUUCCUGUUGGGGUUCACGGGGGGGCUGGAGCCUAUCCCAGCUGACAUUGGGUGAGAGGCAGGGUACACCAGACUAUCACAGGGCUGACACAUAGAGACAGAUAACCAUUCACACUGAUAUUCACACCUACGGACAAUUUAGAGUCACCAAUUAACCUGUAUGUGUUUGGACUGUGGGAGGAAGCUGGAGUACCCAAAGAAAACCCAACCUGACACCAGAUUUACUGAAAUGCUGAUUUCCAUAUAUAAAAGUGACCAGGUUACCAGUGCAGGUGAGAACACACUGCACGGUACAAAAUACAAUAUGAAAUACACAAUCACUACCUUAUAAAGUGAUGCCUUCCAAAGAGGAACAAGGAAGUAACAGAACAAAUGCAAAUCAAAGAGGAAGCAUUUGGAGGUGGCUACAACAUAAUGCAAAGGCAGAAAGAGAUCACAGCAGCUCUUGUUCAACAGCCACGUUCAGUAUCUAUGCCAGCUAGAGACAUUCCAGUAUUUGAUGGGAGUCCUCUUGAAUACCCAUAGCCUUCAUUUGAGCAUUUGGGCGUGGCAGGGAAGAAGAGGCCUUCAGUAAUGGUGAUUGCUUGUAUGUUUUGGAGCAGAUCACUAGAGCACAUUCAGCAAUAAAUACAUGUAAGUAAAAGCUGUGCUACUGAAUAAUUCCGAGGUGUGUCCUUGUAUUGCUUGGCACCUUCCCCGCAAAAUGUCUGAGCAUGUCCUUGUUUUUUAUAAACAAGUUUUCUUUCAUUCCUGAUACAUGUGUUAUCAGUAUCACUUCCUGUUCCCACUGUGGAAGUUAAAAGUUUCUCACAGAAGAGACACGUUCAGACUGGUGACGUUAUUUUCGGCCAAGUUAACAUUAUAUCUUGAAACCAAAUAUCUAGCCUAAUUUUUCAUUCAUCACUCUGAGCUGACAAGAAGCUUUAAGUUAUGGCUGACAGCCGACAGGGAGUGGACAGAGAAGAAGGCAACCAGGAGCCCCAGGGCACCAUGGGUUGGAAAGAUGUCAUUGUUGACCGCAUCCUGGAGCGAGCAGAAGUUAUUUUUAGAGGGUAUGUGAUUGAACGUUUUAAAGCGGAGGAGCCUGGUCGUCACAUUUCCCCUGAGCUUCUGGGAGGAAGGCCAGAUGAACAACAGGAUCCACAAAUCAAAGAAGUGGUGCAACAGUUGAUCAAGAUGACAAAUGACAUAGACAAGAACAUUGAGCUCCGACAACUGAUCAACCAGGUUCCAAGCAACUGUGCUCAGGACAUCCUCAUGAAGGUGGCCAGGAGCAUCUUUACUGAUGGCAUCAACUGGGGUCGAGUGGCGGCUCUCUUCAAUCUGGUCUACAGACUCAUUCACAAGGAACUGAUCACCAACCAUCCAGAGAACAUCAGGCCAAUUAAAAGAUGGUUUCGCCAGUUCAUCAGAGAGCAUCUCUACUCAUGGCUCGUACAGCAGGGAGGCUGGGUGGGUGUGAUCAGUUGUUUUCCUUGGUGGUGGAGGACAGCAGCCAUAGUAGCAUCAGUAGCACUGGUAGUAGCUAUUGUUUACUACAGAAAGACGCGCUGAGAGCAUCGGACCUUACAACCUCACAACCAGGGCUGCAGUCCCGUCUCCUGGAUAAACGCAGCUCAUUGAUAAAGACGAAAGAGUUUCUGGACAUUAAAGGGCCAGUGUGUAAUAUUUGGCAUGGUUUAUUGUCAAAUCUGAAUCUGAAUCUGAAUAUUCUACCCAUUAAUAUGUUUAUAUAAGUGUAUAAUCGCUAUAAAAUAAAAUUCGUUUGGUUUUCG